UCUACCCACAUUACGUACUAGCACUUAUUCCGCAAAUUUUGUCAAGUCUACACACAGUCAACUAAACAACAAAAUGAAAUUCUUGAUUGUUGCAGCUCUUCUGGUGGCGACCGUUUCGGCCAAGUCGGUGAAAAUCAAUAGUCUUACUAACUGCGGAGGUCCUGGAGCUCCCAUUACUUUCUCCGGAUCGAUCCUCACCGAUCCCGUAGCGGUCCCCGGUCAAAUGUUGAUGGAUUUGACGACUACGGCGGGUGUUGCAGCGACCGCUGGCGAUGGACUGAUGGUGCGCAAAGUGACCACACGUACCGCCGACAACUACCAAGUUCCUUGCUUCAAUGGCAUUUCUGGCACAUGCACGGUUAAUUUUUGCGAUGCCCUCGUCACCUAUCCUGACGCUGUCUGCUCCAUCUUCCCGCCCGGUGUUGCAUGCUCUUGCCCAGUCGAGGCUGGCACUUAUCACGCCCCCGAUGCCUUCGUGACUUUCGAAGCCGACUGGCUGGCCAUCAACGGAGGAGUCGCUGGUGAUUACACAAGCCGCACUCAAAUUAUUUCGUCCCUUGGAGCACCCAACGAACUCAUAUUGGGUUGCAUUGAUGUAUCCUUCACUUUGUUUGCUGCUUAAAUGCAGCCGUACAACGCCAACAACAUGCAGCAUUACCCGGCCAUAUCCAAGACUAAUAUUUUUCAGGAUCGCUUCGAUAUAAUACACCCUAAUUGUUUAUGUAGCCUUCAUUUACUACAAGUAACUAAUAAACAAUGAUAAAUGUC